CAUAAGUUAUCAAAACGGAAACAGGAAGAGUAUAUAACAGGAUGGGACGGCCAGAAGACAGUCAACACUGCAUGAACCGCCUGUCGAUAUAAUAUCAUAAAAUACAGCUUAAACUGGCAGUGAAACUAAGUUUUCAUAAAUGAGAUAAUUGAAAAAUCACGAAACAUUGUUCAUCAGUACUUAAAUUGUGUUUGCUUUUUCUUUUCUUAUUAACAGAACUGUCGCCAGGACAAUGAUAAACAAAAUAUGGAUGACAACCGCUGUCACUCUGCUGAUGGUAUGCUGUCAAUCUGAAGGAACCCAUGACGAAACUGCCCCUGCACAUGGCACGUACAAGCGCGUCUGUUACUAUACUAACUGGUCACAGUACCGGUCGCCCCCAGGACGCUUCACCCCAGAUGAUAUCGACCCACGACUCUGCACCCACAUCAUAUUUGCGUUUGCCAAGGUCGUGAACAGCGAGAUACACACUAUUGAGUGGAAUGAUAUACAAAUGUUUGAAAAGCUCAACGCUUUGAAAAAUCGAAAUCCGGGUUUAAAAACGCUUAUUGCAGUGGGUGGAUGGAAUGCUGCAAGUAAUGAGUUCACGAAAAUGGUGUCAUCAGUGGCGUUUAGGCAGAAGUUUGUUCUAUCAGCGUCGGCCUUCAUCAGUCGCUAUGGUUUCGACGGCCUCGAUCUGGAUUGGGAAUACCCCGGACAGAGAGGAGGAAAGCCCUCCGACAAACGAAACCUUGUAAAGCUUCUUCAGCAUCUGCACCGCGCGUUCACGCCGAAGCAUUAUCUCCUGACGGCGGCCGUUCCGGCGGGCAAGAAGAACGUUGACGUCGGCUAUGACGUACCCCAGCUUGCCAAGUAUCUAGACUUUAUCAAUGUAAUGACCUACGACCUUCACGGUGGCUGGGAGCGGCAGACGGGCCUCAACUCGCCCCUGUACCCGCGGACGGGGGAAACUGGCGCCGAGCGGGAGCUUAAUAUGCAAUGGGCGGCAAAUUACUGGGUAACCAAGGGAGCGCCCCGCCACAAACUGGUGAUUGGCCUGGCUCUGUACGGACGCUCCUUCGCGCUGACGUCCCCCGCACGGACGGACGUCGGCGCACCAGCCACCGGCCCCGGACCCAAGGGCAGAUACACUGGAGAGGCAGGAUUCCUCGCGUACUAUGAGAUCUGCGCGAUGCAGGAAAGUGGGAAGGGGCGGACGAUCUGGCAAGCGGAACAACACACGCCGUAUUACGUUAACGGAAACCUCUGGGUCGGCUUUGACAACAAACGCAGCAUCACGGAAAAGGUGAAAUGGUUAAUGGAUAACAAGUUCGGUGGUGCGAUGGUCUGGUCCCUUGACCUGGACGACUUCCGGCGCACGUGCCGCACCUCUACCGAACGUUACCCGCUUCUCUCCACCGUCAACCGCCUCCUUGCUUCCGGUCAGCAGCCAACGACACCAGACAGACGGAUUGAAACAACGACGUCACGACAGAAAAACCAUACUGUCGUCACCACAACUUCGUCAUCGACCACUACGAUCCACUCCAAAACAGAGUUCACCUGUACGGGAAAGACUGAUGGGUAUUACGCGGACCCAAGCAGCUGUAAGCGUUUUUACCGGUGCAUCUUCCAGCGGAAGUACGAGUUCUCGUGCCCGGGUACGCUGGUCUUCAAUCCAAACGCAGGCUUCUGUGAUUGGCCAAGGAAUUACCCGUGCAAACACAAUGAUCGUGAUCUGGAUUGGGAAUACCCCGGACAGAGAGGAGGAAAGCCCUCCGACAAACGAAACCUUGUAAAGCUUCUUCAGCAUCUGCACCGCGCGUUCACGCCGAAGCAUUAUCUCCUGACGGCGGCCGUUCCGGCGGGCAAGAAGAACGUUGACGUCGGCUAUGACGUACCCCAGCUUGCCAAGUAUCUAGACUUUAUCAAUGUAAUGACCUACGACCUUCACGGUGGCUGGGAGCGGCAGACGGGCCUCAACUCGCCCCUGUACCCGCGGACGGGGGAAACUGGCGCCGAGCGGGAGCUUAAUAUGCAAUGGGCGGCAAAUUACUGGGUAACCAAGGGAGCGCCCCGCCACAAACUGGUGAUUGGCCUGGCUCUGUACGGACGCUCCUUCGCGCUGACGUCCCCCGCACGGACGGAAGUCGGCGCACCAGCCACCGGCCCCGGACCCAAGGGCAGAUACACUGGAGAGGCAGGAUUCCUCGCGUACUAUGAGAUCUGCGCGAUGCAGGAAAGUGGGAAGGGGCGGACGAUCUGGCAAGCGGAACAACACACGCCGUAUUACGUUAACGGAAACCUCUGGGUCGGCUUUGACAACAAACGCAGCAUCACGGAAAAGGUGAAAUGGUUAAUGGAUAACAAGUUCGGUGGUGCGAUGGUCUGGUCCCUUGACCUGGACGACUUCCGGCGCACGUGCCGCACCUCUAUCGAACGUUACCCGCUUCUCUCCACUGUCAACCGCCUCCUUGCUUCCGGUCAGCAGCCAACGACGCCAGACAGACGGAUUGAAACAACGACGUCACGACAGAAAAACCAUACUGUCGUCACCACAACUUCGUCAUCGACCACUACGAUCCACUCCAAAACAGAGUUCACCUGUACGGGAAAGACUGAUGGGUAUUACGCGGACCCAAGCAGCUGUAAGCGUUUUUACCGGUGCAUCUUCCAGCGGAAGUACGAGUUCUCGUGCCCGGGUACGCUGGUCUUCAAUCCAAACGCAGGCUUCUGUGAUUGGCCAAGGAAUUACCCGUGCAAACACUUAUAAAAGAAAUCCAGUGAAACAGUACUGUACAGUGACUGCCUGUCUCUGCCCAAAUAUAUCUUAUACCAAAGACGUUUACAAGCGCAACUUUGGAACUUGCACCGAUAAGAGGUCUUUCGUUUAAGGUGGUUAUGUAAAACCACAAAAAAUAACGAGGCAAAUAUUGCGCAAUUCCAAAACUCGUUCAUUGCUUGUACAUUAUAUUAUUGUAUUCGCCAGUUAUCCCCCAGGGUCUGUAGCCAUUAGUUACAUUCUUAUUUUUACAUUCGGUCAAUUCUUUACAAGUCUAGUCCAGAAUUUUACUUGUUAAUUUCUAAACCAUGUCACACUCUGUGUUCUACUGUUGCUUUACUACAUGAAAUUA